AUGGAAAAUAAGAAAAAAGAUGGCAUCUUUAGGUAUGCAAACGGGUUUGACAAGUUUUUAAUGUUUUGGGGAACAAUCGGAAGUAUUGGAGAUGGAUUGCAAGUCCCUUUAACGAUGUUUGUUCUUAGCGGUAUCAUCAAUGACUAUGGAAACCCAAAUACCCCUGUGACACUUUCUAUCGUCAAUAAGUAUUCACUCAGGUUGAUGUAUGUUGCUCUUUCAGUUGGGUUAUCUGCAUUUGUUGAAGGACUUUGUUGGGCAAGGACCUCAGAGAGACAGACUUCCCGUAUGAGACUCAAGUACUUGAAAGCUGUGCUUCAACAAGAUGUUAGUUUCUUUGACACUCAAGAAGCUGGUACCUCUGCAACUUAUGAAGUUGUCUCGACUAUCACAGCUGAUUCUAAUGCAAUCCACGUCACCAUUGGCGAAAAGAUACCAGAUACUAUUGCCAACUUGUCAGCCGUCUUUUUUUGCCAUGUGUUUGCAUUUACACUAUCAUGGAGGCUUACAUUAGCCGCUCUCCCAUUCUCCGUAAUGUUCCUUGUACCCGCCCUGGGGUUUAGCAAGCUUGUGAUGGAUGCUGGAAUGGCAAUGGUUAAAUCAUAUGGUGCUGCUGGUACUAUUGCAGAACAAGCAAUUGCUUCCAUAAGAACUGUGUAUUCCUAUGUUGGAGAACAUCAAGUAAUUGAUAAGUUUAGCCAUGCAUUGAAAACCACGACAAAACUAGGAAUAAAACAAGGGUUUGCAAGAGGGGUAAUGCUUGGAAGCAUGGGGAUCAUUUACAUUAACUGGGCGUUUCAGGCUUGGUUUGGAUCUCUUCUAAUCACUAAACAUGGAGAAAAAGGUGGUGAUGUUUUCGUUGCUGGAUUUAACGUCCUCAUGGGAGGAGUGUAUGUCCUGAUUGCGCUCCCAAAUCUUACUGCCAUUUUAGAGUCUAAAGGCGCUGUUACUCGAAUCUGUGAUAUGAUUGACAGAAACUCAACUUUGGACUCUGAAGACAAAAAAGGAAAGGCUCUAUCAUGUGUGAGAGGCCAAAUCGAAUUUAAAGGAAUCUACUUUAACUACCCAUCAAGGCCUGAUACACCGAUCCUACAAGGGUUAGAUCUUACAAUACCAGCUAGUAAAACUGUUGGACUUGUUGGAGGCAGUGGUUCAGGGAAAUCGACAAUUGUGUCAUUAAUUCAAAGGUUCUAUGAUCCUAUAGAGGGUGACAUUCUUUUGGAUGGACACAAAAUAAACAAACUUCAUCUUAAAUGGUUGAGAUCACAAAUGGGUCUGGUUAAUCAAGAGCCGAUUCUCUUUGCAACUUCAAUCAAAGAGAACAUACUGUUUGGCAAAGAAGGAGCAUCUUUUGAUGAUAUUGUUGCAGCAGCUAAGGAUGCAAAUGCACAUGACUUCAUUGUCAAGUUUCCAGAUGGCUAUGAAACUAAUGUUGGGCAAUUUGGGGUUCAACUAUCUGGAGGGCAAAAGCAGCGAAUUGCAAUAGCUCGAGCACUAAUAAGAGAUCCUAAAAUCUUGCUCCUUGACGAAGCAACAAGUGCACUCGACACAGAGUCUGAACGAGUUGUGCAGAAAGCCAUUGACCAGGCGUCCAUUGGAAGAACAACUAUUGUAAUUGCACAUCGUCUCUCAACAAUUAGACGGGCCAGUCUGAUCUAUGUGCUUCACUCUGGAAAGGUAGUCGAAUCAGGUUCACAUGAUGAGCUGACACAAACAAAAGGUGGUCAUUACUUUAAAAUGAUGCAGUUACAACAAUCUGCUGUGGGAGCUGAAUUCCAAAGUCCACAUAGAUUGUCGAUUACUUCCAGCCCAAGAAGUGUGAGAUCAAGUGCACCGAACACCCCAUCACUGAACCCAUUCAGCCCAGGGUUCUCCAUGGGUACCCCAUAUUCGGUUCAAUUUGAGGCUUCUUAUGAUACUGACUAUGAAGAUAGCAUUAGAAAACUAUCUCAUCAAGCUCCCUCCCAAAUCCGUUUAUUGAAAAUGAAUGCACCCGAGUGGGUAGCAGCCUUGUGGGGUUGCUUGGGUGCUAUAGGGUCUGGUGCAGUACAACCCAUCAAUGCAUAUUGUGUAGGCGGUGUGAUCAAUGUGUACUUCCAGUUAAAUAAAUCCACCAUUGUUGAUCACGCAAGGAGAUAUUCCUAUGUGUUCUUAGCCGUCGGUGUCUUCAGCUUCUUCUCUAGUGUCAUCCAAUAUUACAACUUUUCUGUCAUGGGUGAGAACUUGACAACACGGAUACGCGAGAAGCUUCUUGAGAAACUUCUGACUUUCGAAAUUGGGUGGUUCGAUCGAGACGAGAACACAAGUGCGGCCAUUUGUGCAAUGUUAUCAUCUGAAGCUAAUAUGGUCCGGUCACUUGUUGCAGAUCGUAUGUCAUUACUAACACAAGCGGUUUUCAGUGCCAUUUUUGCUUAUACUUUAGGAAUGGUACUCUCAUGGAGACUAACACUUGUAUUAUUGGUUGCGCAACCAUUUCUAAUAGGAAGUCUGUACGCUAGGCGAGUUUUAAUGAAAAGUUUAUCCGAAAAAUCUCAAAAGGCUCAAACAGAAGGAAGUCAACUCGCAAGUGAAGCGGUUAUCAACCAUAGAACAAUAACCGCCUUUUCUUCUCAAAAAAGGGUGGUUGGUCUCUUUAAGGACACACUACAAGGGCCUAAAAGUGAGAGUAUCAGACAAUCAUAUUAUUCAGGGGUCGGGCUAUUUUGCUCCCAGUUUUUUACAACAGCUUCAACUGCUUUAGCUUUUUGGUAUGGGGGUCGGUUAUUAACAGAAAACCUAAUAGCUCCUGAGAAGCUUUUCCAAGCAUUUUUGGUGUUGCUGUUAACGGCAUAUACCAUAGCUGAUGCAGGAAGAAUGACUAAAGAUAUAUCAAGAGGAAGCACUGCUGUUAGUUCGGUCUUUGCAAUUCUCGACAAGAAAACGGAGAUCGACCCUGAUACUUCAAGUGGACAUGAUUCUGCAGAAAGGAACAUUAGGGGUCGUGUGGAGUUGAGAAAUGUGUUUUUUGCUUACCCGUCUAGACCCGAUCAUAUGAUUUUUAACGGAUUAAACCUCAAGAUAAAGCAAGGAGCUUCAGUAGCACUUGUGGGCCCGAGUGGAUCGGGUAAAUCUACCAUUAUAGGGUUGAUAGAGAGGUUUUAUGAUCCAUUAAAAGGGACAGUUUAUAUUGAUGAACUUGACAUAAAGGAAUAUAACUUACGGAAACUGAGGUCACAUAUCGCUUUAGUGAGUCAAGAGCCAACACUUUUUGCAGGUACCAUUCUUGAAAACAUUGCUUACGGAAAACCAAAUGCUACAGAAUCCGAGAUAAGGAACGCUGCAGCCCUUGCCAACGCUCAUGAAUUCAUAAGUGGAAUGAAAGACGGGUAUGAAACUUAUUGUGGCGAAAGAGGUGUGCAGCUAUCGGGAGGCCAAAAGCAAAGAAUAGCAUUGGCUCGCGCCAUUAUUAAGAACCCUGCUAUUCUAUUGUUGGAUGAGGCAACUAGUGCUCUUGAUACCAUAUCAGAAAGUUUAGUUCAAGAAGCACUGGAGAAGAUGAUGAAUGGGCGGACAUGUAUUGUAGUGGCGCACCGUCUUUCCACAAUACAAAACUCUGAGUCUAUUGCUGUUAUUAAAGAUGGAAAGGUGGUCGAGCAAGGGCGUCAUACUGAUCUUUUAUCUGUACAGGGCGGAGCAUACUCAAAUUUGGUGAAGAUGCAGGUCAGCAACUCGCCUUUACGGCAAUAAAACAUGCUUAUCAACCAAGUUUAGCAAAAGAUAGCAUCAAGAUUUGUAAAUUCGAUGAAUAAUGCAGAUAAGAGGAAAAUAAGAGUUAUACAUAU